AGCAUUACAAAGGAUCACAUGUGUUGUUUAAAACAGCUGGCACGCGGACGGGAGAGACACGAAAGGUAAAAUGUCGGUUCGAUGACGUGCGAUUAGCGUCGCUUGACAACUCUACAAGGCGCACUCGUGCUACAGCGGAUGUUGCUUUCGACAGUUUAGACAGCCAGCUAUAUGUGAAAAUGUUAUAGUUGCAUCACGUGUGAGGCUUUCCAGACGCACUUGCCACGCACUCUCUCUCUCUACCUAUAAAAGCCUUCUCCGACACUGCAUUUAGGCUUUUUCUAUUCAAUUCAUUAAAUGGCUGAUGCAAAGCCCACCGUUGUUAGAUGUCCCUUCCCCACUGCCAUCGUCACGCGGCCGUCGCCGAACGGCAACCCAGGCUCAUAUCAGACACUAGUUUGGAGUAAUGACAAGGAUGCGCUCUUCACCGGCGCGCGGACCCAAGUCUUUGAGCUGCUGCUGUCGCCGCAUGAGCCUGCGCAACUCAGCGCCGAGCCCCUAGAGCUCAAGGAGCGCAUUCCCGACGGCUCCGGCGGCACGGAGCUCCGGCCCUACAGCUGCAAGGUGGCCCUUCAUCGCGCCGUGUACGACCCCUUCAGCGGCUGCAUCUACUUUGUGGAGGGCCGCGGCCUGAUGCGCCUUGACUCUGAGAACGUGGUGACGCGAGUGGCCGGGCACCGCGAGCUGUGCGGCACCGCGGAUGGCCCCGGCCUGACUGUGGCGCGGUUCCAACUGCCCCACUCCGUAACCAGUGACGGCGCGGGCGGCUUGCUGGUGGCGGACUGCGGCACGGUGCGGCGUGUGUCACUGCCGGGGCCGGACGCGCCGCCGGGAGCCGCCGAGGCAACCGUGGCCACUGUGUACGGCGGCCCCUGGUGCGCGGGUUUCGUGGACAUUGCGUACGACGCCGCGCACGGGCGGCUGUACGCCGCCACCAUGUCCGCCGUGUACCGCCUAAGUGACGAGGGCCGCGUGCCGACACGCGUCGCUGGAUUCGAAACGGCGGCGGCGGCGGCGGCUGUAGCAGGAGGCGGCGGCGGCGGCGGUGGCAGUGGCAGUAGCAGCACUGGGAGCGGGCCGGGCGGCGGAGGAGGAGGAGCGGGAGGGGGAGCGGGAGGGGGGCGCGGCGCGCCCGGCGGCGGCUGGGCGGCGGGGGCGGCUGGCGGCUGGGGCGGGAGUGUGGAGGCGCUGGGGGCAGCAGCAGGAUGGGCAGGAGGAGGGGCAGGAGGAGGUGGUGGUGGGCAGCUUCAGGGUUAUGGCAGUGGCGAGGGGCCGAGCAGUGGCGGCGGCGGCGGCGGGCGCGGGUUCCUGGGCUUCAGCGGCAUCACCGGGCUGGUGGCGGACUCGGAGGGGCGGCUGUUCAUUGCGGACAGGCAGCAGGUGUAUCGGCUGGAGGCGGACGGUGGGCCCGGCACGGUCAUAUGUGUGGGCAAGGCAGAUACCAGCGGCGGCGCAGUGGGCUGCUACCCCACGCUCCUGCCCGGCGGCUGUCUGGCACUGGCGCAGUACCACGACCGCCGCGUAUUACUAAUGGCGCUGGGGCUGCCGUACGGCGGCGGCGGCGGCGGCUGGGGCGGCGACGGCGACGGCGGCGGGCUGCGGCUGCACGGGCUGCAGGGGGUGGGGCGCGGCGGCGGCGUGGGCGAGGGCGUGGCGGGGCUGCUGGGCGACCUGUCCGCGCUGCUUAGCUCCCCCGACCUGCAGGGGGCGGUGGGCGAGGGGGCGCAGGUGGCGGUGGCAGUGGGUGGCCGCCGCUUCACCGCGCACCGCCUCAUUCUGGCGGCGCGCUGCGAGUACUUCCGCCGCCUGUUUGCGGGCGGCUUCGCGGACAGCGGCGCGCGGGAGGUGGUGCUGCAGGACGCCGACCCAGACGCCUUUGCGGCCCUGUUGCGGCACAUGUACACGGGCGAGCUGGCCUUCCCGCUGCAGCUGCUGCGACCGCUGGCGGAGCUGGCGGACCGCCUGCUGCUGCCGCAGGUGGUUCGGCACGUGAAGCGGCGGCUGCUGGCGGCCACGCAGCCCGCCGGUGUGGUGGCAGAUAUGCUGUGGGCACACCAGCAGGGCUUCAAUGACCUGCUUGGCAAUCUCAAGGAGUGGUAUCUGGAACACCAACAAGAGGUGCUACGAGCUGCGCCCGACUCGGUUCGCCAGCUGUUCACCACCGCGCCCGCCUUCGCCUUCGAACUGCACUGCGCCACCGUCGGCAAGGCGGCUACAGCCGGCGGCGGCGCCAGCGGCGGCAGUAGCGGCAGUAGCGGAGCCGGCGGCAUCAGUACGGUCAGCUACAACGUCGGCGGCGGCCGGCGCUGACUGCUGCCGCGGCCACGGCCCGCUGGCGCUAGCGGGUGGUGGUCGUGGCGGUGGCAGUAGCGGCGGCGGCGGGCGGCGGCGGCUGUAGCUGCUGGCGGCGGCGGCUGCUGUAGCUGCUGGCGGCGGCGGCAGCUGCAGCUGCUGGCGGCGGCGGCGGCUGGUGGCGGGGGGAGCUGGAGGCUACAGCCGCGCAGAAUGAGGAGUUGAGAGGAGGAGGCGGUGUGUGUGCGUGUGUGUGUGUGUGUGUGUGUGUGUGUGUGUGUGUGUGUGUGUGUGUGUGUGUUAAAAAACGAAACGAAAGCCAGCGUGUGUGUGUGUGUGUGUGUGUGUGUGUGUGUUUGCUACGUAGACAGUUUGGUGUGAAACGCGCUGUAGGUACGGUAGUGCGGCGCAUUGCAAGUAGAGCACUAUCGGUGGUAGCUCCCCUUUAUCACACUGCCUUACACAAACGUUAUGGUUUGCCAGCGCAGCAGCAGUGCCCUCGCACUAUACGCGGUUGGGCGUGCGUGAUGGCAAAACGUAUGAUGUCCGGUUUGUCGUGACCAUGUGGUGUUUGUAAUAUCAUACAGGCAGUAGCAGUAGGGCAGUACGGUUACGGUUACGGGCGGUUAGCAUCACUAAGUAGUAGCAAGGUAGGUGUGCUUCCCCACGAUGCCUCGUGCUAUAGCCUUAGUGAUCACGGCACAAUGGUGAUGCCUGAUGGGAGAGAGACGUCACGGGGGCAUUGCAAUUACACGUCCGGUGUGGUACGGAAGAGAUAGACUGCGGGGAGGCCCACCCACCCUUCACGCUACAAUAGACGUACACUAGGUUUCUAGCGCACAUAUGUGUGCCUGUGUGUGUUUGUGUGUGCCUGUGCGCAUGUCAUGUGCAUCAUGCCUGAACGUGUACACAUGUUCACAAUGUCAGUGGCUACAGACGUGGCGCAGGCGACUGCACGUGCGCGUGAGGGAGAGCCCCACAGUACGGCAGUGCGGCGCCGGUGCUUCUUCCAUGUGUGUUUUUGUGUGUUUUGUGUGUGUGUGUGUAUGUGUGUGUGUAUGUGUUAAAUUGCACAAGGAUAACAUGUGUGGGUGUGGGUGUGUGGGUGGGCAAGCGACCAGUUCCGGGCGUGAGGCGCGGGACGCCGCGUGCAGCACAUGCUGUUCGCGACGGCGUGGGUGGCGUUUAGGUGCAAAAUUAGGUUGCAUUGGUUACAAGAGGGACUUGCUGACGCGAGUCGCUAUGAUUAGUUCGUCGCGGCUGUGGCGCCGUUGUCUGAUCACGUGAUGCGCGGCGCUGGGGGUUCUGCACACCCGCUGAAGCGUGCGCGCGUGCGCUUGCAUGCAUGGCGCUGUGUUGGGCGUACGUGUUGUUCCUGAGGAGGAGGUGGGGGCGGGCGCGGCGUCCGCUGUGCCCGGGGCAGGGCGUGGCGUGCUGAGGCCCAAAGCUAAGUGAUCGCGAUUGUGAUGUGAUAUUUGUGGGGCGGGUGCCUCUGGCGUGGGGCGUGUCAUGCUUUGGGCUGAUGAUGCUUGGGGCUAUUCAGGCUGUGUUGUGGUGGGGUGGGGUCAGGGCGAGUGGAGGUAUGCUUGGUGCACUCCGGCUGGUGCGGGAAUUAUACUGCAGGUGUGAUUAAGCGCGUGUUCCUCUUGUGGGGGCAACGUAAUGGAUGGCGGCUGAAGGGCGAUUCACCAAACGAAGAUUGCCACACUACCACAGUUAACACUGUUAUCACUGCAAAUCGCUCAAGCCACAGCCCUGGUCUCAAAGCCGAUUGUUGGCAGUGUUUGUUUUACUACUGAGAUGAGAGGUGGUGGUGGAGGGGGGCGGUGAAUGCUCACGUUGCCGCGCGGCUUUUGUGGGUGAUCCUGACUGCACCCGAAGGGGCGGCAGGUGGCGGCAGUUGGGUUUGCGUAGCAGGAGCGAGGUUGUCACGUGCCUUGGAGACUUGCAUGAGGCAUUCAUGCGGCAUGCGAAGACAGAGGCAGGUGCCAUCACACGCGCUUGUUACACUGUGUGUAGCAGUGAACACUGUAUGCACACAGACACGGAGUGUUUGUAGUAGGGUAGUCGGCAAAAGACACAACUAGAUGCCCCAGGGCGUGUUCCGCAGGGUUAUAUCCUUGUGUGGCGUAGAACUAUCGUUCCGCCCACAGUGUUGCAGAGUGUGGUGCACGCCUGGUGAUGUGCCGCUGGUUUCCACGGGAUGUGGGCAUCAAACAACGACGACUCCACCCUGUAACAACAAGCACGG